AUGAAUUUCUCAACCCCAUCGCCUCAUCGAUUUACACUACCUGGACAGAAGCCUUCCAAACGCCCUCACCCGCCACCACCUCGGACGCCGCUCUCUGUACCAGCGUUGUCGCAACUUCAAAGUCAAAUUAAAGGCGCCAAACCGUUUCAGCAGUUUACGCCAUCGCACGCGCGGUUUGCGCGGACACCCAAGUUUUCCCUGAGAAAGAAAGAUGCGAUUCCUGCAUCUGACCUCGAACGGCGUGAGCGGCGGGACCCUAUGGACGCCAUUAACACUCGUGCGUUGCAAACGGAUCCCAUAGACAUCAGAGAAUUUGAUUCUGGUGACCAACGCGGCCAUAGAAGGCGAUUGAAGAGAGUCGAGAGUAUCGAAGAGUCUUGGAGCCCUCCUCCAGCGACCGACGGACGAGCAGAACAUGGGCAAGCUACCGAUAGUGAUGAAAUGCUACUUGAUAGCGAAGCACACGACUCGAAUAUCCGUUUCAAUGACUCGAGUACCAUCCAGUCCAGCUCGACAAAACCGUGUCACCGUAUCGACCCCUUCACUCCUUGUAAGCGGCAGCGGUUGACAUCGCCCCUUUCCGCGGCUCGGAACUUCCACGCUUCCUCACCACCUCCAACCCCAGCACCGCCCCCACCACGCCGUGGCCUUCCAAACAAACCCAGGAACACGCUCGCCAUCACGACGCCAGCCGCCACCAAACCACGGUUUAUCCUGCAUCCUUCCGAACGCACACCCACAACGUCCAACUCCACUCGACCACGGACGGCGGCUGGACCGAAAGCGUUCAUCCGCCCGCCUGCGGAUUCCCCUCAGCAGGCACAACCCAGUGCCGAGACCUUCAGUCCUCGGAAGCGCGGAUACCGGUUCGUGGAAGGCGGUAUGGCGGCGACGGUGGCGGGGUGGAUUGUCGAGGGAUGGGAGAAAGAACAGACUGCGAGCGCACGGCAGAGCCAGGCAGUGUGGAGAGGAUGGAAGCCAGCGGCGGCGGUGGGGAACCGGGGCGUGCGUGAGAAGGUGGUGACGGUGCGGGUAGGAGAGAUUCAGCGAGGGACGGCGAGGCCUGGGUUGGGGGGUUUGUCGCUGAUGAAGGGGAUAGUUGGAGAAGAAGUGAAGUGGGUGGGGGUUGUGACCGGGUUGGGUUUGGGGAAGGGGAGUCGAUGUGCUACCGAAGGAGAUGUGGUUCGUUUAGAAGGGAGUAAAUGGGAUAUUGGGAUUGAUGGAGUCCGGUGGUUGAUGGCCGUGGAGGGGAGUGUGGUGUCUAGAGAACCAGGCUGA